CGACACAAUGCCAGAGGUCAUCAGUCUUCUCUCCUCGACGCCUCCUCCCCCUCUUCCUCCAGUAGACCGACACGAACUUUCCUCUGCAAGACGCGCCCACUCCACUCCGCCCGGCGCCGCAUCCUUCGCCGACGACGUCGACCUCUCCGCUUUCACAUGGGAGGACGAUCUCGACCUUGACAACCCAGCCAAGCGUCGACGUCUGAGCCAUGAAGCACUUCCUCCUCCUCCGCCUCCGCGAUUCCGGCAGCCAUCCCUCCCCAAGCCCAGGAACAAUCUGUUCCUAUUCUCCGACGAAGAUGUGAUCUUAUCAUCCGAAGGCCCGGGUCCAGGUCCAGGUCCAUGUCCCGGUCCCGGCCCCGUCCCCAGCCCCACCCUUCCGAAACUCCCAGUCUGGAAUGGAGAAUCAGAUCCGAUUAUCUUCACGUCAUCUGCCCCAGAACCCAAGGACACUACUCUCGCUGCACAGAGACCUUCUCCCCGUACCACAGAUGCUAUCGCGAUCGACGUCGAUGAUCACAAUGAUCACGAGCGAUUGCCCACGGCUGGGUCACAUAACCACCGAGAGAACAUCGAGAACUUCAGCGACCAGAUCCAAUUCCCCGACAUCAACGAGCUUCUCGAACGUCCGAGACCUCCACCGACGACUGGCGCAUUCUCUAGUCGUACGGCGGCUCUACUCGCCAACCUCGAGCGACCACAAGGCGGCGAUGCCACGGGAAGUACGUCCACCACAACGACAGCAAGCCGACGACGCAAGAAAGAUCGAGCCGCGGAGGAUAUCAUUGAAGACGACGACGAGAUGGAUGAGCCAGCCGCUACCGCCCGGGGCAAAUCCCAGCGCAAAACCACCACCGCCACACGCACCAGCGCAGAGAAGGACGCCAAAGCCCGGGAACGGGAGGCGGCCAAGGCGCAACGCGAACAGGAGCGGCAGCGGGAGAAAGAGCGCAAGCAGAAACUCAAGGACGAGAAAGCCCGGGAGAAACAGCUUGCCGCCGACAUCGCGGAGGUCAACAAGCUGAAAGUAACGAAGAAGGAGUCGACGCCGGAGAUGCUGAUCGACCUCGCCUCGACGUUCGAAGGGACAAGCGUCGGUAACCAGACGACGGAAGUCAUGAAGCAUCUCGGUGUGGAGCUAUCAUUCUUCGCCAGUGCGAUCCCCAACGUCGCGAGAUGGCGCCGCAAGGUCAAAGCGACCUACAACGAAGCCCUCGGGUACUGGGAACCCUGUGCGCCGCACGUCCGCGACGAGGACGAGCAUGUGCUCUGUCUCGUGCCGGCGCAGGAGUUCGUCGACAUGGUCUUGUCGUCGUCGUCGUCGUCGUCUGCCUCGCCAGAAACCGAUACAACAACCCUAGAGCAACACAUCCAUACGCUGAAAUCCGCCUACCCCAACCGCACCCCGAUCUACCUGAUUGAAGGCCUGACCAUCUGGCUGCGCAAGAAUAAAAACUCCCGCAACAAAGCCUACGUAGCCGCAGUCCGUCGCCAGUACGACGAGGCUGCAGCAGCAACAGCAGCAGCAUCAUCCACCGACCCGACCAACACAGCAACCACCCGCCGCACCCGCAAGAAAUCCCAACAACCCACCAACAAACCCGAAACCACCCCGCCCAUCGACGACGACACGAUCGAAGACGCCCUCCUCGACCUCCAAGUCACCCACGCCUGCCUGAUCCAUCACACAGCCGCGCCCGCCGACUCGGCCGAGUGGAUCAAGAACUUCACCGAGCACAUCUCGACAGUCCCCUACCGGCGCGAGCGUAUGGCCGUCAACGACUCGGCCUUCUGCAUGGACGUCGGGCAGGUCAAACCCGGCGAGAACCGCUCCGACACCUUCGUCAAGAUGCUGCAGGAGGUCAACCGCAUCACCGCCAGUAUGGCCUACGGCAUCGCCGAGCGGUACCCGAGCGUGCUGGAUCUGGUGCGCGGGAUGCGUCGCGAGGGGCCCGGGCUGUUGGAGGAUGUCAAGAAAUCCGCGAAUAAGAACGGCGCCCUUACGGAUUCGCGCAUUGGGCCCGCGGCGAGUCGGCGGUUGUAUAAGGUGUUUAUGGGGAUGGAGCCUUCGUCUACGGAUGUUUGAGACGGUGUCCAACUAGCCAGGUAGGGCUCGGUAGGGCUCGGUCGAGGGGGUGCCUUAGUAGUUGGGUGGUUUCCCUUUGUGGUGUACUGUACCCUCUAGACCAGGGUAUUCUUAGUAUUAUUGUCAGAUCUCCCUGUCUAGUUGGCGUGGCGUUUGCAU